AUUAUACUUUGUCUCCUUGAAUUGUUCAUUCAUACCGGAAAAACUUGGCUAUGGAGAGCUUGGUUGCUUCCAGAUUUGGAUUAUGUACGAAUCCUUUCCCUUCUUGGUUGCCGUUAUCCUGCUCCUCAAUGAAAAGGAAUUUUCUCAUUUCCACCUCUAAGGCGAACCUACGUGCUCAGUCUCAGCAGAAUGAUCCCCUUCUCAAUGCUGCCUUCGAACGCGCAGCUGCACGUUUCCAAGAGUCUCAACGUUCAGAUCCUUUGUUCAUUGACCCAUAUGCUGGCUGCCUUCUUCCGGUUAAAUUUGAUGUUCUUAGUGAACAACGCCUGCUACCUUACUGCCUUGCAACUAAGUUUAUCGAUGAUAAGCUAUUGAGCGCAUUAGAUAAAGUUGAUGGUCCGAAGCAGGUUGUUUUGUUUACGGAUGGGAUGGAUACUCGUCCGUUUAGACUGAAUUGGCCAGCAUCAACCAUAAUCUAUGAUGUAUCUCCAGAGGAGGUGUUUAGAACUGCAACUGAAAAGCUUCAAGAUGUUGGGGCUAAGAUACCAAGGAGAUGUGUAUUUCAUCACGUCCCAUUGAAUUCAUCUAAUCUACAACAUAUUCUGGGCAAUAAAGGUUUUAAUGGCACCAAGCCAAGUAUUUGGGCUUUCCAGGGACUGCCAGUAAUGAACAUGGAGAUCUUUAAAGAUAUUUUGUGCGUCAUAAGUAAUCUAGCCAUGAAGGGAAGCUUAUUGUUGGGGGAGCUUCCUCUUUGGCCGGGUGAAACUGAUUUUAGGUGUAAGUCCACCACAAAGAGAUGCUUGGAAAGCCUUUUCAUGAGCUGCGGUUUCCAUGUGGAAGUGAUAGAGUGCAAUGGAUUACUAAUGGAAGAGUACGCCAACAUACUUUUUGUUGCAGAGCAUCUGAGGUUUUCUGAUGAUCAGAUGGAAAUAUGGAGGAGAGAACUUCAAAGGAUAGAGGAAGAAGGAGAUGAAGAAGGCUUUGAGGAGCUCUAGCCUUGUUUUAUCCAACCAAAGAUAUUCCUUUGAACUGGAAACAAUAGAAAAAUCAAGAAGAAUAUACAAGGCUAUGGAGAUUCGAAUCCCUGCUUAGACAGCUAAAUCCACAGCCACACUGGGGGCAGACAUAGAAAUUGUCAACUGAAAAUGAAGCAGACGUUAUCCCGACAGAGAAGUUCAGAUCUUCACCGUCAUGAGUGACCUGCACUAUAUUCAGCCAGAAAAGCAUUAUCUUCACCUGCACACCACCCAAGUUACUCAGCCUGCCCUUAAAGAUUGUCCCUGUGAUCUUGUUAGUGUACUUUAGGGUAUACCCCUUUAUGGUGAAGCUGCACGACCCGUCAAAGUAAGCCGCGAACUUGCCGGUGUCUUUGUUGAUCUCGUAGCUCUUGACCCCCGUUGGAAGAAUGCCGAUGGGGAAGUCAUAUUCCUGCAAUAUGUCAUACGCCGUCUCCAAGCCGUCAAUGGCCGGAGUGGUUCCCAAUAAUAGUGCAAAGCAGGCGGCAAUCAUGUGCAGUGGCGGAUGAUACAUUUUUCCGCGGUGAAUUAAAGGCGGCGAUUUGGCGGAUGAUCUCUUAGAAAGGAUGUUUGUUAGAGACAGAGGGG